ACCGAGAUGUCUGCUGCAAAUGUUAAACUGAGUUGUUUUGUUCCUAUUUUAUUUAUACUCUCAAUCAGCGUUUGUCUGGCUCGCAGCUCUUCCCCGGAAACACACCAUCGCAACAAAAGGCAGGAAGAGACUCCGGCCUUCACCUGCCCGCAGCAAGAUGGGCUCUUCGCCGAUCCCGAAACGUGCAAGAAGUUCUACAUAUGUUCCGGGUUCCACCCCUUCUCUCAGAACUGCCCCUCAUCUCUCUACUUCGACGAUAUUAAAAAAUUUUGCACGCGCAAGACGAAGCAACUAGUGUGUGGACCGGUUGAAGCACCCGAAGCAACCGAACCGCCAACUCCAGAUCCACUGGCAGCUGCGGAAUGCGACCCUGCGGUCUGCGUCCUGCCCGACUGCUUCUGCAGCUCUGACGGAACGCGCAUUCCAGGAGGUUUAGAAGUCUCCGAGACGCCUCAGAUGAUUCUCUUGUCAUUCGACGGAGCUGUCAAUGCUCUCAACUACGACCACUACCGGAAGCUGCUGAAAAAUUCCAGGACGAACCCUAACGGCUGCCCCAUCAAAGGCACGUUCUUCGUCAGCCAUGAGUACACGAGCCAUUUCCACGUGCAGAAGUUUUAUGCUGAUGGGCACGAAAUCGCCGUGCAUUCUAUCAGCAACCGCUAUCCAGAAGAAUGGUGGUCUACUGCUACCUACGAGGAAUACGCCGAAGAAAUGGUUGGACAGCGAGAAAUCCUUCACCUCUUCGCCAACAUAUCUCGCGACCACUUGCUUGGCAUGAGAGUUCCUUUCCUGCACCCUGGAGGCAACGAAAUGUCCAGCGUCGCCUACGACUACGACUUCGCUUACGAUUCAUCGCUCUCGGUGCCUAAAUCUUACAUGCCCGUGUGGCCCUACACACUGGACUACAGAAUCCCUCAUAAAUGCAUGCAGGGCACAUGCCCGAAAAGGUCCUUUCCGGGUCUGUGGGAGAUUCCCUUGAACACUUUAUUUAGCGAAGAUGGAACAGGUGGCAUGUGCACACUGGCAGAUCAGUGUGUCUUCCAGGAAAAUGAUGAUGAGUCUGUAGAACAAUUCCUAAAAGAUAACUUCAAUAGGCACUACAACACAAACAGGGCUCCUCUGGGUCUAUUUUUCCACGUCAACUGGUUUACAGAUCGUAACAAGACCAACGUUUUGCUCAACUUCGUUGACAACAUCAUCUCGAAACACAAGGACGUGUGGUUUGUGACAAUGCAGGAGCUCAUCUCUUGGAUGAGGCAGCCAACUCGAACCGGAAAUCUCAAUUCCUUCGCCCCCUGGGCCUGCGAAAAAAGGGAGAACAGCUGCAACUUGCCCAACAACUGCCCAGCUCCCCUCACCGUAGACGGCUAUCAAGAAAUGCGGUACAUGCAAACGUGUCUCAAGUGUCCUCCCAAAUACCCGUGGGUCGGUAACUUUGAAGGUGCGCUUGAAGGUCACCGAAUCAUUGAUCUGACAAAGGAAGGGGAAGAGGAAUCAAAAAGAAGAUAGAAAUGAAAAUUCCACCCGUCAAACAAACCGAAACAUUCAGUUUUCACUUUCAGCCGCACUUCUUUUACAGUAAAUUGGUGCACCAAAAAUCGGAACUACUGAUUUGUUUCUGAUUUGCUGGACCAAAUUGUCGAUAGAGGGGCUUCUGAUUUUGACGAUACUUCAACGUUUUGAAAUUUUACUAUUGAUGUAAUCAAAUUCUGAAGAUGAAUGGUUAUAAAUGUGCCUUAACUGUAAGUUAGCACUCCUUAACCAGAGCUUAGGCUACAUUACAAGCAAAUCACAAAUAACUCGCUAUGGCAUCCCAAGAUUACUAACUUUUACGUUCACUUUGCGAGGUAGUGAGAUCACUUUUUUUACAGAACCCUGACUGAUAUGCGAAAUUUCAACUACUAGUCUCUUCACGGAAAAGAUAGACCGAAUGAAAACAAAUUGGUUGCUAGGAUUGCCACUUUUGGGGAUUUCCUCUUGAAUAAAAAAAAGCGAACCACUAUUUGUCCUUGGCAAGGCACUGAUCAGCUUUUGUCCAAUCCAAACACGUGUUUGACGCCGCCGAAUGGCAUAGUUUCUUGUUUACAGAUCUAGUCUAUCUUUCUCGUGAGCUGAGUGCAGAGUAAAAGUAAAUCCAUCUUCUAAAGAGGUUUCGCUCCGUCCAGCUCUGUAUUAGCUAUUCCAGACUGAUGAUUUAUAAUAAAGGUGCAACAUUAAUGUCUGGAUGCCGUGACGAGCUGUUUGGUCUUUGCUUGAUGCCCUAGUGGUUUUUGAGGGAACCUUUCACAAUUGUCUCACCAUCUGUGACUCCUUUUAACAGAUAUACAGUCAACUUUCGAUAACUCGAAGCCCAAGAGACCGGCUAAAACGUUCGAAUUAUUUGUAGUUCGAGUUAUGGGAAGUUUCCACAACAGGCUCAUGAGUUUGGGACUUGAUAAAAACUUCGAGAUAAAGGAAUAUUUGAGUUAUAGGUUUGUAGUUAUCGAAAUUCGACUGUGUAUGCUUACAUUGUGUAAACAUCGCAUUACCACUACUGAUUCAAUAUCAACCAAAAUAUUAGUACUUAUUGCAUCCCAUCUAAACCGUAACUUUUUCAUUCGAAAAUAAAGGAUUAUAAAAAUAGUAAUAUCACAUGCUAUUGAUAUUUACAUAAAUGAAUUGACUCAAAGACAGAAAGGGCCAAAUUUAGCGAGAACCUGCAAUUUGCAUUCAGAGUUUAAAACUGGCUCCAUUGUAGAAGUAAUAAUGAGAAAAUAAUCAUUCAGCUCUCAAAACUUGAUGUAUAAUUUGCGUUACAUCAUGUAACAUAAUAUCCUUUUAUGCCUUUAAAAACUAAAACUGUUCAAGUAUUGUGCUGAUCGAAUAAGUAAAAAGACAGUAUUGGGCAAAUGAAAAAAAUAUUUUUUUUAUAUUUUUCAUUCCAGUCAAAUUGAAAUUUUCAUAUUUACCGGAUAUAGUUCGAUUCUCGUUCACGCCUUCUUCAACCAAUAUUCACCAGACAUUUUGACCCUCGAUCGGAUAGCCAAACUACCAGUCAAAAACUUCUUUUACUUAUAAAAAGGUUUUAACGUACAGUUCAGGUCUCUGACCAAGAGUCGAACUGUCUAAUGAAUACGUGCGUUAUUGAUUGAAGAAGGCUUUGACCGGCGGUUUGGCUUUUGGACCGAACGUCGAAUCGUCUAGUGAAUAUCGUUCGUCUCGUAGUGGAAAUGCGAUGUAAAAAGCAAUGCGUAUAUUAUAAUUACUUGUCUUAUGUGGUUGUUACUGCGAUACGUUUUAUGUGAGGAAAUGUUUUCCAUCCAGGUGUGUAAUUUUACAUUAAAGGUCAUUGUAACCUUUCAAAGAGUUUUGUGACUUCUUUCGAUGUUAAUUUUGAAUCAUCACCAAGAAUAAAGACC